AUGGACAUUCCACGCGAAUGGAUCCGGAUGACUUUGAACAUCAGCUUCCCAAACAGCACAUUAUCACCCAAUCUUUCUGGCGUGUGGGACAGCAUAGAGCAUGUUCUUACAGAGUACCACAAAGAGAGGUUGACUAUCACCAACUUACAGAACCUCAUCCUCAUCACUCUUUACGUCAUCACCUUCAUCGUGGCGACCUCGGCAAACACAAUAGCUCUCGUCGUUUUCUGGAGGUUCCAACACAUGCGAUGCUUAUCAAAUUCACUAUUAAUCACAUUGGCAGUAUCAGAUUUACUAGUUUCUUUGGUGUGUAUGCCCAUGGCAAUUGGAUUUUACACGUACAAGCUUUGGAUCUUUGGUGAAGUCAUGUGUAAACUAGCAAACUACCUUCAAGGUGUUGCCGUAGCAGCGAGUGUCUUUACGAUGACCGUAAUGAGCGUGGAUCGGUACGUUGUCAUUUGUCAUCCCAUUGCAUUCCGGAAGCACCUCUACAGAAGACAUGUGGGAUGGAGCAUUCUCUUGGUGUGGUUACUGGCUCUUCUGCUCUUUGUUCCCGUCCUCAUAGUACGUAAUACGCAUGGGAUACUUCUUCACGCUGGGACAAGCCACGAACGCUCUUUCGUGUACUGCGUCGAAGAUUGGUCAACUUCAUCGGCGAGAGAAUGGUUUGCUUUCGCAACGUUUACUUUAGUGUUCGUGAUCCCAGGUGCCACGAUGACUGCGGCCUAUUGCCGGAUAGGUGUCAGGCUGUGUGGGGGUAGCACAGGUCUCAACCGGACGGAAGGACAGCCCAGAAAACAGUCGGUGACCUUCAGAAUUCAGAACAUUAUGGAACGCCGAAAAUUAGUAGCCAAGCGGUUCCUCAUCCUAACUACAGUAUUUGCUGUUUGUUGGGUGCCCUACAACAUUGCUACUUUACUACUAGAUUUCCAGGUAAGUGGUAACGUGGACCUGCACCUUUUCAUGUUCCUUCCCUUCGGUUUGCUCUUGGGCCAUGUGAACAGUGCCAUUAACCCCCUGCUCUACUGCUGGGUGAACAAGAGGUUUCGAAAAUGCGUAGCGCUAACGUUUCGAUGUGGGAAACCAAGAGAUGCUGUUUGGGACAGAAGAGACAUAUUUCAGUGCCAAGAAUAUCCAAUGACGAUUGCAGCAAGUUUGCGAUCUUCAUCUCUAGUAUGGAAAAAAUCCUUGAAGAAGGUCGAUUCUCACAACCACCAAAGAGCCGAUUUGAAGAAUGCAAGAGAACUGCCAACAAGUGGUACCAUAGAUUCUGGGUGUUCGAAAUAG